UAUAGGCUAAAACGGUGUCGCAGAGAAUGGUCUUAUCUGGUUAAGGAAAGAGUCUUCACUUGGGAGGAAGUGACGAUCGAAAUCUGGUGAACCAACCAUGUCGUGGUUUGCAAGGACAAUCGCAAACUCACUCAGACUCGACGACGACGACGACGAUAAAGACAAUGGCGCUGACCUAAAAUCCCCUCCCAACAAACCCGAUUCGGAACCCCUUCAACCCGAUUCCGCCGCAUCCACUCCCAGCCCCACCGCGCGCGGCGUCAAAGAGGAUUUCUCCGAGCUCACCAAAUCGUUUUCCCGCCAAAUCUGGGGCGUUGCCUCCUUCCUCGCCCCGCCGCCCGAUCCCCAACCGGAGAGUCCCGCCUCCGUUCCCAAAAAUCCUGCCGACGAAGAAGAAGACGUCAUCGCCGGAAUCAGAAACGAUUUCGCCGAGAUUAGCGGCAAGUUCAAGAGCGGGAUCUCCAAAAUUUCUGGCAAUAAGACGGUAUCCGAAUUCACCAAGAUCGCCUCGAGUUUCCUUCAACUCGGAUCCGACGAGGAAUACGAUCUCGACGGCGUUGUCGGAGUUACCGAGGACGUGGUGGGCUUCGCCAGAAGCAUUGCGUUGCAUCCAGAAACUUGGUUGGACUUUCCUCUCCCCGACGAUGCCGAUUCUGAUGAUUUUGAUUUGUCCGAUGCGCAACAUGAACACGCUCUUGCUGUUGAACAUCUGGCACCGAGCUUGGCUGCUCUUAGAAUGGAACUGUGUCCCGGAUACAUGAGCGAUGGUAGCUUUUGGAAGAUUUAUUUUGUACUCGUGCACCCUAGACUCAGCAAAAGUGAUGCUGUUAUUUUGUCCACUCCGCAGAUAAUGGAAGCAAGAGCAAUGUUAACCCAUGUUUUAGCCAAAAGAAGUAAGGAAAAGAAAGAAACUGACUUAUCUGUGGGAGACAAUAUUCCCUUGAAAGAGGAGGAACAGCAUCUCUUUGUGCCAAGCAAUGCUCAACCUGACUCAGCACCUCUUCAGACAUCUGUCGCUGUGUCUGAUGUAGUUGAAGCAGUCCCAUCUGUAGUUGAGUCUGAAGUUGAGACGGAGAAACAUCCCACUCAAAGUGCUGUUACACAGGUUAUUGACAAGUCUGUGGUUAAAGAAGCACCUGUAAAUCUAACUGCGGAACAAUCAUCAUCUGGCUCAACAAAUAGAUUUUUGGAUGAUGAGGAUGAUGCUGAUGAUUGGUUGAAAGAGGAUACUUCUGAAAUGGUUGGUCCCAGUGGAACUUCUGUUGAAACUGGUAAUGAUGAGGACGUGUCAUUCAGUGAUCUUGAGGAUGAUGAUGGUGAUGUACAUGCAAGUUAUAAAAAAACUAGAUCGGGUUCUGACUCCUCAACAAAAGACUCUCGAGAUUGGGUUCAGUUAGGCAGAAGUUCGCCUAACUCUGAUAAGGAUAUAAACUCUGUUGAAAGCAAACAUGCUGGCUCUGAGCAUUCAAGUGCUCGUAAUUCUGUGACCAAGGAUUCCAAUGAUUGGCUCAACGUUGAUGACAUUGAUGUAAUUUGAUACUGCCUUGGAACAUGUCCCAGAGGUAAGUUUAUUCAUAUAAUUCUCUUAUUAUAUCUUGUGAAUAUCUGCAUAUAGUCUGUGUACGCCACGAUUAACUUCUGAAGACUGUGUUUGUGUAAAUAAAACCAGUCUCCACUGGGCAUUGUGCGAUGUAUGGUUAAUUAUUGCACCGUACAUAACUAAAUCUUCUAUUUGACAUCCGAAUCCCAAGUUA